AAAACGGAUUCAUUUAUAAGCCAUGAACUCCGGUCGUCAAUUAUCAUAUUUCUAAAGCUAAUCGGUGAAGAACAAAUCGCCAAGAAGCGCGCAAAAAUGCUGCACUUUUCGAAAUUCAUUUAUUUGCUGUUUUUGUUGUUUGGUUAUUGCAUUUUGACAAUACAUUGUAUGAGCUAUUCCCAGAAAGAGUACAACGAUUUUAUUGAAGGAUUUCAUAAGUGUAAAUGUGUAACACACAAUGCGUGCGAAGAUGAUAAUACAAUUAUUACAACAAAUGGAGUCGAUUUGUCAUCAUCAAGGAACCGACAAUGGACAAUCGUUGGUGUGCUGCAGUUUGGAAAAACACAAAAAUCAACCACCCCCUAAAAAACCUUGCGGACAACAACUUACAUUCAUCACUCCGAAGAUUUUGUCGACCGUCGAGGACUUCACCAUCAAAGGAGAAUUUCCAUGGACGGCGAUAAUUUAUGUGAAGAAUACAGCAAAUGAAUGGACAUUCUGCGGAACCGGUGCUUUGAUAAGUCCUCGUGCAAUACUAACCGCUCAUCAUAAAUGUCAAAAGAAGUCUCCGGACCAUUUCAAAGUUGUUAUGACUGGUGAUGAAGUUAGACAUAAUGUAGGCGAAAAUGCGGAAAACCAACGAAACGUAAUUGAAAUAAUCAAGCAUCCCGACUAUUACUCGGCUACUAAAGUUUUCGACGCCGCCUUGCUGAUUUUGGAUAGGGAAUUUUCGUCUGAUGUAGUAAAUACCAUUUGCUUGCCUUCCGAUGAUACUAACGAGAAUUCAGGUCGAUGCUUGGUGUCCGGUUGGGGUACCACAGCAGAAUUUCAAGGUGUUGUAAAGCUGAAAAAAAUUAGGGUACCCCUAGUCCCCUUCGAGAAGUGCCAAACAUCCUUGAGGACGACAAAGGAAUUAGGCCAAUAUUUCCAGUUGAACAAGUGUUUCAUAUGCGCCGGGGGCGAGGAUGGAAUGGACGCUUGCUUGGGCGACGGGGGAAACCCCCUGAUGUGCCCAACGCCCAACGGGGAUGGUUAUUAUCACGCGGGAAUCGUAUCGUGGGGCGUGCAGUGCGGGAAAAAAGGGAUACCUGGAGUCUACGUUAGCACGAGAAAGAUCAAAGGGAUAAACGAUCCUAAUCGAAUUAUCUGCAAAGGCUCCCAGCACAAUCAAAUAUUGGUGUGCUGCAAAUUAAUAGACAAUACUUCUGUAUACAAGAAUCCUACAAGGGUCACUCCUUAUAAUAUCACAAAUAACCCCAUAACAACACCCCGUAAAAAAACUUGCGGACAACAACUUACGCUCGUCGCUCCGAAGAUUAUGUCGACCGUCGAGGACUUCACCAUCAAAGGAGAAUUUCCAUGGACGGCGAUAAUUUAUGUGAAGAAUACAGCAAAUGAAUGGAUAUUCUGCGGAACCGGUGCUUUGAUAAGUCCUCGUGCGAUACUAACCGCUCAUCAUUUAUGUCAAAAUUUCAGGGAGUCUCCGAACCAUUUCAAAGUUGUUAUGACCGGUGAUGCCGUUAGACAUAAAGUAGUGGAAUAUUCAGAAAACCAACGAAACGUAAUUGAAAUAAUCAAGCAUCCUACUUUUUACUCAGGUACUCUGAUUUACGACGCCGCUAUGCUGAUUUUGGAUAGGGAAUUUUCGUCUGAUGUAGUAAACACCAUUUGCUUGCCUCCCGAUUAUACUAACGAGAAUUCAGGUCGAUGCUUGGUGUCCGGUUGGGGCACCGCACCAGAAUUUCAAGGUGUUGUGAUGCUCAAAAAAAUUAGGGUACCCCUAGUCCCCUUCGACAAGUGUCAGGCCUCUUUGAGGAAAACGAUAUUAGGCCAAUAUUUCCAGUUGAACAUGUGUUUCAUAUGCGCCGGGGGCGAGGAUGGAAUGGACGCUUGCUUGGGCGACGGGGGAAGCCCCCUGAUGUGCCCAAUGCCCAACGGGAAUGGUUAUUAUCACGCGGGAAUCGUAUCGUGGGGCGUGCAUUGCGGGAAUAAAGGGAUACCCGGCGUCUACAUGAGCACGAGAAAGAUCAAAGGGUGGAUUACCGACGAGCUGAGCCGCAGAAAUUUGGCCUUUUGAUUACUUUUUUUUCAUCGUUUUUGUUUAAUUUCUAUUCCCAUAACUUAGAUGUACAUAAUAUAUGUAGAAUAAAAUUUAAUUUAGAAACUCAGGAUGUU